AUGUACACUGUUGAGUUCCAGAAACGGGGUUUGCCACAUGCUCACAUUCUCUUAUUCAUGAAGAAGUUAAAGAAGCCUACAACAGCCGAUAUUGACGACAUUAUUUCUGCAGAGAUUCCUAACAAGAAGGAAGAACCAGAACUGUAUGAGGUCAUUAAAGAUAUGAUGAUUCAUGGUCCAUGUGGAAGAGCUAAUACCAAUUCUCCAUGUAUGGAGAAUGGUCGUUGCUCUAAGUCAUAUCCUAAAUCAUUUUCUGAGAAGACCACUAUUAACAAAGAAGGUUUUCCGGUUUACAAGAGGCGUGAGCAGUCACAGAACUUUGUUAUGAAGAGUGGAGUGAGGUGUGACAAUCGGCAUGUCAUUCCUUACAACCGGAAGUUAUCUCUUCUAUACAGAGCUCAUAUCAACGUCGAGUGGUGCAACCAAGUUGGGUCUAUAAAGUAUUUAUUCAAAUACAUUAAUAAAGGACAGGACCGCGUCACAGUUGCCGUUGAACCACCAGACAACAUUGUUGCAAGUGAGUUAGGAGAUGUUGAGAUUACUAAAGAGAAUCUUGAUAAGAAAAGAAAUGAACUCAAGGAAUUCUUCGAUUGCAGAUACGUGUCAACAUGUGAAGGAACAUGGAGAGUAUUCAAAUUUCCUAUUCACUAUCGAUCAACUGCUGUUGAGAAGCUUAGUUUCCAUCUCCCUGGAAAGCAAGUUAUUACAUUCAGAGGGAAAGACAAAUUGAAAGCAGUUGUCACUCGAAAGCUCAUUGAAAAUACAAUGUUCUUAGCUUGGUUUGAGUUGAACAAGACUGACUCCUUCGCAAGAACAUUGACCUAUGCUCAGAUCCCAAGCUUCUAUACUUACAAUAAAAGGUUAAAGAAGUUCAACAGGAGGAAACGGGGAUUUGCUUUGGGGAGGAUUAACUAUGCUCCUAGGACCCAAGAAGAUGCUUAUUACUUGCGUGUAUUGUUGAAUGUUGUCAGGGGACCCACGAGUUAUGAGGACAUUAAAACAUACCAAGAUGUUCUCUAUCCGAGCUACAAAGAAGCAUGUUAUGCUCGUGGGUUAUUAGAUGAUGAUCAGGAGUACAUUGAUGACAUAGUAAGAAGAAGUUUUGAGAGCACAGCAAGUGAGCUACGGAAAGUGUUUGUUAUGAUGCUUAUGAGUAACACUUUAUCUAAGCCGGAGACUGUAUGGGAAAGAACUUGGCAGUUUUUGUCAGAAGAUAUUGAGUAUUACAGGAGAAGAGACUUAAAUAGACCAGGUAUAUUGCUGAGUGAUGAUGAUAAAAAGAAGUAUGCUUUGCUAGAGAUAGAAAAUAUUUUGAAGCACAAUGGUACUUCUCUAUCAAGAUUUGAGUCUAUGCCUGAAUUGCCAAGAAAAAACAGUAACGAUUCUAAUGUCUUGGUGUUAGACGAACGCAGUUAUUGCCGUGCAUCUUUGUUAGAAACUCUGGACAGAGAUAUUUCAAAAAUGACUUGCGAGCAAAGAAACAUAUAUGACCAGAUUCUUUCGGCUGUAGAUAAAAGAGAUGGUGGAAUGUUUUUUGUUAGCGGUUUUGGUGGAACAGGGAAAACUUUCCUCUGGAAAUUGCUUUCUGCAGCUAUCAGAUCUCGAGGAGAUAUUGUUUUAAAUGUUGCUUCGAGUGGCAUCGCGUCGUUGUUGUUGCAAGGCGGUCGGACAGCUCAUUCAAGAUUUGGUAUUCCCUUAAAUCCAGAUGAGUUUUCCUCAUGCACUAUGAAGCAUGGAUCUGACCAAGCUAAUUUAGUCAAAGUGUCAUCACUUAUUAUAUGGGAUGAAGCGCCUAUGAUGAGCAAGCAUUGUUUUGAAUCUUUGGAUAGAAGUUUAUCUGAUAUUGUGGGGAAGCACGAUACACAGCCAUUUGGUGGAAAGGUUGUUGUUUUUGGUGGUGAUUUUAGGCAGGUGUUGCCUGUUAUAAAUGGAGCUGGUAGAGCUGAAAUUGUGAUGGCCUCACUGAACUCAUCAUAUCUUUGGGAGCACUGCAAAGUACUUAAGCUCACCAAGAAUAUGAGAUUGCUAUCAGCUGUAUUGUCACUAGAAGAGUCAAAAGAUCUACAGGAAUUUUCUGAGUGGAUAUUAAAAGUCAGCUAUGGUAAACUUUCUGAGCCUAAUGAUGGUGAGACAGAGAUUGAAAUACCCUCUGGAUUUUUGAUUACAGACUCUAAUCAUCCUAUAGAGGCAAUCAGCGAAGCAAUUUAUGGCGAUUCAAAUUCAUUGCAUAAAAACAAAGAGCCAAAGUUUUUUCAAGAAAGAGCUAUCCUUUGUCCAACUAACGAGGAUGUUAACAGACUUAUUCUCAUAAAAAGUGCUGAUAGCAUUGAUCCCUCUGAUACAUGUGCUGUGAACAAUGAAGCUCUUAGUGCUGAUUUUCUAAACACAAUUAAGGUUCCUGGUUUACCAAACCAUAGUCUUAGACUGAAGGUUGGUUGUCCUGUUAUGGUUCUGAGAAACAUAGCUCCUACUGAUGGCUUAAUGAAUGGGACGAGACUGCAGAUCACUCAGCUAAUGGAUUUUAUGGUUCAAGCUAGGAUUAUAACAGGAGAGAGGAUUGGGGAGAUAGUUGAUAUUCCUAGAUUGCUAAUAACCCCUUCUAACACCAGAUUGCCUUUCAAAAUGAGGAGAAGGCAACUGCCUCUUGUUGUGGCUUUUGCAAUCACAAUCAACAAAAGUCAAGGGCAAUCACUAUCUAAAGUAGGUCUUUAUCUACCAAGACCUGUCUUUUCACAUGGUCAGUUAUAUGUUGCUGUUUCUAGAGUGACUUCCAAAAAGGGAUUGAAAAUUCUGAUUUUAGACGAAGAUGGCAAACCACAGAAACAAACUAAGAAUGUUGUUUUCAAAGAAGUUUUCGACGACCUUUAA